AUGUCAGAAAAUGUCAUUUACGCUGACUUGAACUUGACUGAAUCAACCAGGCCCAGACUACAGAAGAUCACUGAUGUCCAAGGUUCUACAUAUGCAGAAGUGAAAGUGCAAUCCCUAGACACAAAUGCUGCAGUUAGCUACACAUCGUCCGACCAUCCAACUGCAAGCAGCCCACCUGAUUCAAAAACAUUCUCCACCACCUAUGAAGAGACACUAGGCUGCCCCCCAUAUUGGGAAAAAAAGGGGAAAAAAUGCUACUUCUUUUCUGAAAUCCAGGUCAAAAAAGACUGGAACGCCUCCCGUAAAGAAUGUACUGACAUGAAUUCAGACCUGGUGAUCAUUGACAACAAGGAAGAACUGCAUUAUCUUACUUCACAAUCAAGAGGUCAUUACUACUUACUUGGUCUCACAUACUCUAAGAGCGAGAAGAAGUGGAAGUGGAUUAACAACGUGGAACAUAGCACAGACAUGUUUACUAUAGGAGGAGACUUGACUGAUUAUUUCUGCACUGUCGUUGGACAUGGCAAAGUAGAAACUGCAGCUUGCGGUGGAUCCUCAACAACACAGAAUAUGUGUGAAAAAGCUGCAAAUAUUUCAGAAAGGCAGAAGGAGAGCUAA